AUUCUUCACAUUUCAUGUCCUCUUCUGUCAUUUAGAUAUUUUCUGGUAUUUUAUCUUUUUAUUUAUUUAUUAAUAUUUUUUUCCUCUCUUGUUCUUCUUCUUCUCUACAUUAUUCAUCUCAAUUUCUACAAAAUUCCCUAUUUUUCUUGAUAAUAAUCUUGUAUUCAAUCUCAAUUCUUCAAACCCACUUCGAAAUUUUCCUUUUUGAUUCCAAAUUUGGAACCAUUAGAUUCUGGGUUCCUAUUUGCAUGUUGCAACCCUAAUUUUCCAUCACCUCCCUACUGAAAGUUUCAGUGUUUGACGGCCAUGGCUGCCGCUCUCAGAUCUAAGCACUCUGUGGAAACAGCCUCUUUGACGGUUUCUCAGUUCAGGCACUAUGUGUUCAAUUGUAUGCACUAUGGUCGUACGGUGAGCUCUAAUUCUAUCCACCGUACUAAGUGGGACGAUCAUUUUGUAAACACGCCGUAUCACUUCACUUCAUUCAAGCCGGUCUCGCUUCGCGGCGAGUUUAUGGAAAAGGGUACUCAGUUAUUGGAUGGUAGGAGGCGUACCCGCAAUUCAAGUAAGAAUUUUGAAAGGAAUUGGAGUGAGAAAUUGAGUAAUGGUAGUACUGUGUUGAGCUUGUAUGGAGACCCUCCUGAGGUCUGGCAGCCCCCUGGGGAUGGGAUUGCAAUUCGGGUUAAUGGGGCGAAUCUAGGUCGCGGUGGUGGUGGUGGAGGAGCUGGUCAAAGCUCUGGUGGCGGGAAUGUUUCGGGUUCGAAGGAUGAGUGUUGGGGUGGAUCCAAUUUGGGACAUAAUUUUCCAACCCCAAAGGAGAUUUGCAAGGGGCUGAACAAGUUUGUCAUUGGGCAGGAAAGAGCAAAGAAGGUUCUCUCAGUGGCAGUUUACAAUCACUAUAUGAGAAUCUAUCAUGAAUCCUUGCAAAAGCGAUCUACAGGAGAUUCAGGUAGCAGUUCAGUGGAUCUAAAGGAUGAUGAUACAGUGGAACUGGAGAAAAGUAACAUUCUUCUAAUGGGGCCAACUGGGUCAGGGAAGACACUACUUGCCAAAACCUUGGCACGGUUUGUGAAUGUUCCUUUUGUUAUUGCAGAUGCAACUACUUUGACUCAGGCAAGUUGUUGACUUUUUGUUGCAAUUGCAUGUCCUCAUUUUCUUUCCCAAUUUUAUGUUUUACUUUUUAUUUUCAUUUUUUCUUUGUUCAUUAUGUUGAUUAUGUAAUUUUGCAUCCAGAAAAUAGCUUAGUUCUGCUAUUUCACAACCUAAUAAGCACUGUCGCAUAUU